AUGGCUACUGUGCCACACGCCGUCCAGAACUGGAAUAUCGCUGUCAUGGGUCCUGGAGACCUGACAUGCCCGUUCGUUCACCUAUUUACCGACGGAGAGCGUCCGUCGUGCGCGCACACGUCGUCGAUUGAGUACGAGGAAUGCCAAGCUUCUAGAGGAACAGGUUUCCAGAAGAAGGAGUUCACUGUCGAGGGCUGCCCUGUCGUCAUGCACAUUUGCCAAGGGCAUACCGAGGCGCACGAAUUUCUCAUCGAGUUUCCAUCCAAGAUACACGCCUUGUCUGAGCAGUCGGAGGCGUUCAUCUUAAUGUACUCGGUCGCCUCUCGACGGUCGUACAACGACGUGCUCCACCACCUACGCCCCGUCAUUUGCAGCACCAAGGCCAAGCCGCCACCCAUGCUUAUCGUCGGCGUCAGGCCUGACGGACUCGACGACGUCAAAAGCUCAAUAAAGCGGGAGGUCAAAACAGAAGAGAGCAAGGAAAUGGCAAAAAUUCUAGGCUGCUCUUUCUUCGAGAUCCCCGCCGCCAAUCAGGCGCAUGCGCAAAUCAUGUUUACUGAAAUUGUGCGUGAAGCACGCGAGGCACGCGCCGAAUAUGCUGGACAACGAAGACAACCCCGGCUUUGCGCUGACCUGCGCUCUGGGCUGCGUGCUCAUGUAACUUAUCAUUCCCACUGCUGUAGCGACUGUAAAAUAUACGCGGACGGAGCCCCCAUGGACGGUGAUCCUCCCCUCUGCGACCCCGCAAAAGGCGAGCCGCCCCUCGACCUCCCCGGCCUCGAUCCCCCACUGCCUGGCGGUAGGCUUCCACCCGCAAACGGCGGAUGCUCCUCGCCACCAUGCAUCAGCACCGGCCUCGCCCCCGUGCUCUCGUGCACCGACAUUGGCUCGAUAUCCUCCCUUUCUAUAAUUACUGGCGAUUCCGGAGGGGUUAAUUCGGGCGACGAAGGCGGCGUCAUGCUUCGUCUCCUACGGCCAGCGCCGCUGUUCGCCGCGUCGUAA